UGACAUUUUUCAUUCCACGAUAUAUACAUAUACAUUAUACUAUGUACAACAUAUUGCGUGUUACAUUUCGUAUACAAAAGUAGCAUGAGGAAAGAUUGAAAACAGUGAAAGUCAUGAAUUAAUUUGUAUAACUUGAAUUUAUAAUCGUCUUAUGAGAAACUAAAAUAGAGAUUUUUCUCUCAAAUUUUUAUUUCAUUUUUUUUUUAAAGUUUAUGAUUUUAUCAUCGACCGAAUUGUACGACCUAAUAAAAAAAUAUUACAAUAUAUACAAUAUAUACAAACAAACUACAUAUUAUUUUGGUACUUUAUUUUUACGAAUAAGAAAGGUAGAAAGUAUUUGUUUUCUCAAGAGUUAUCAGUGAUGAUGAAGGCAAGCGGAAGAAACUUAAGGUCUAGUAAGACAACAACUAAUAAAACAUCUACUAAUAAAAUUAAUAGAUCUACAAUGAAAUCUGGUACUGCAAUGGAAAAUAAAAAGACAACUAUAAAAACCUUACGAUCAACAUCUAAAAAAUCUGAUUUAAUGAAAAUAGAGAUGACAAGAGGAAAAGAAGAAAAGGAGAUAGUAUCAAGAUCUAAAAGAAAAAAUACUACUGGAAAUAGAAGUACAAAACGUAUAAUUUUAAGUAGUAAAAGAAAAGCAAAUAUUCCAGAGGGAGUGAAGUUAAAAAAUAAGUCAUCAAGUUUUCGACAAAUGUCUUUAAAAGAAUCGUUUUCGAAUCAGGAAGCUUUGUCCAAACGACUUCGUCCAAGAAAAGAGAGUAGGAAUUAUUGUGAGGAUUCUGUAUUACAGAAAACAAAUAUUGUAUCUCAGGAGCAAAAAGAUGUAGAAUUAGAAAAUGCACCAGGAGUGAGUGAUAAGUUAAAGUUGCCUGUAUAUAAGUCUGUGAAACUUAAUGAAGAAUCUUCAAGGAAUGUGAGUGAUAUAUAUGAUUUUAAAUUCGAUGAGAAUGAUUCAAAAGAGAAAUUAGGAGGGAAAAGAAAAAGACGUAUUGUUAAUCGGGUGGGACAAAAGAGAGUAAAAAAAACUAAACGUACUAGACAGAAAAAGGUACCACAGGUGAUUGUAGAAAGAUUAUCAAGUGAUGUAAUAUCGUUAUGUACUACGAAGAAAAUUGAAGAUAAUAAUGAACAAAACCAUAUGUUAUUACCGUCAAUCAAUAUCGUAGAGAAAUUUGAAGAUGACGUUGAAAAUCAAAAUGAAUUACCUCCACCUGUUGAUGAUAAAAAAUUUGAAGCUGAAUCUAAUAGUGUGCCAAAUUUAGAAACAAAUCAUUUGCCAUCAACACAAGCUGUUUCUGAAGAUACAAAAAAGCACCCAAAUACUAUUGUAUCAAAAUCUAAAAUAGUUUCUAUUGAAAAUCUUAACAAUAAUGAAGUUUUGUUAAUCGAUACACCAGUAAAAUCAAAGCCAGACAAUUUUGCUCCAUUUAGGAAAACUAAUGUAUUUUGUAAUAGAGUUAAAUCUCAUCAAGAAAAUACGAUAAAUGAUUCAUUAAUUAGUAAAUCUUUGUCACCGAUUAAAAAAGCAUUUGUAAAUUUUGACGUAGGUAGUCCUUGGAGAUUAUCACCGAUAAAUACUUUUUCUCAAGUGAAGAAUCUAUUCCAAAGUACGCCACAACCUAGGACGUUAGAAAUAUUACAAAGUAAAAUUAAACCAAAUACAAAAGAUCAAGCUAUAAAAUGUUUGGAGACCGUUAAAAAGAAUGAUGUAUCAGAAAUAAUUAAUGAGGAUAUUAAUAGGCAGAAAAUUUGUGAUAAAUUUAAUUAUAUAAAUAGAAAAGUUGGACAAGUUAUUAGGAAAUUUGGAACAGAGAUUACAAAUUUAGAUAAUUCUGUAUCAAUAAAUAAUAAUACUGUAAUUACUGAACAGUAUGAAGAAAUGGCAAGCAAUAAGGAAUUAAGAGUUUCAAAUAAGGAUUUGCAAAAUACAAUUGGUACUACAUCUAUGGAUUCUUCUGCAUUCAAUGCUACAAACGAAGAUAAAGAAAAUGCUGCUCCAAAAUCUCCUUCAAAGUCUAAGAAAUUUUUAAGAAAGAGAUUGAGAAAAGUCACUAAUACGAGUUCUUCUCCUUUGCACAAAAAAAGACAUAUAAAGGAUAAGGAAAAUUUAAAUAUGCAAUCACAACCUAUUAGUAUGCAAACAUUUAGUCGCAAUGGUACUGUGCCACAUGCCCAAGAAGAAAAGCAAGAACAAAGUAAGGAAAUUUUUGAACCUCAACCUGGACCAUCGGGCUUACAAAAAUUGAAGUCCCCUAAUCAGAAACCAUUACAACAAACAAAUUUAAAUGCUUUUUUAAACAUAACGGAAAUGCCUCAGAGUACUAGAAUAAAUACGGCUCAUGGUAUUUUCUGUGAUGCACAAUCAACGCCUAUUAAUGGUAAACAUGUCAAGCCUAUAAAAACGAUAGCUGAUACAAAACGUAUGGAAUUGGAUAAUGCUUUUGGAUUUAAUGAAGAUACUGGCGACAUGAUUUUAGAUAUAUCGCCAAUUUAUUCUGAUUUAACGAGUAACAAUGUACAAGAUAGAAAUAUUUUGAAAACGAAUGUUAAAGAAACGAAAAGAAUAUCAUCGCUUCCUAUGAGAUAUUUUCCGAAGGAAAUGAAAAAAGAUACAGUGUCAAAAAAAGUAAACGCUGGUGAAAACAAUGAAAAAGGUAAAGAGAAGGAAAAUGUAGUAGUAGAAGAACCUUUACCUGAGAAAAACAGGCUUAUAGAUACAGCUGCUUUUUCGGAUACUUUCGAUGUUUUGGGAGAAAUAAAAGAGGUAAAGAAUGAUUCAACAGAUAUGCCAUUGUUUACCGAUCUUGAGCCUACUCAUUUUACGGAGCCUCCUACGCGUUCGUACAAGAGGAAACGUAAUGUCACAUAUAAUUUCUCUGAAAGUGGUAGCGAGGAAGACGAAGAAAAUAAUCACGUAUCAGAGAGAAAAAGGAAAAAGCAUGGAAAAUUGAAGAAAUACGAAAUACGAAGAAUGGAAGAAUGGGUGAAAAGUAUCAAUGAAACUUUUCAAGAUAUCGAUCAUCACGAAUUGGUGGUGGAAUAAAAGUAUAAGAAAAAGGGAUCAAUUAUUAUAUCUUUAUUUUCGUAUAAUGUAUAAUUUCUUUAUUUUCGUUUUAUCGUAGGGCCCUAUUUUAUUUUCGUUUUUAUCAUUCAAUUUUAAUAACGUACUGCGUAUGGUUUUUAUAAUUAUUUUAGUUGUAAAUGUAUAUGUAUACAUAAUUUAUCAUACUUUAUAUUUUCCUAGGUCCCUCGCUGUUUAUACAUUACCAUACAUAUUAUUGUAAGAUUACAUAGCAACUUGAAAAUGAUAUUAAUAUAUUUAUAUCUGUUGAAAGUAAAUGAAAUAUCUUUCAUUUCAUUAUAUAGAUCGUAUAGAUCGUAAAACGUUUAGAAAAGGAUUAGAAAAAAAGAUUAGAAGAAAAGAUUAAAAAAAAAUUUUAACAUUUUAAUCGAAACAUAUGUAUCUAAUUUUUUUCGAGGGCGACAAUGCAUCUGCAGAUGCAUCGUCGUUCUCGCGUUUCUUUAUCGAAUGAGUCAAGUCGGUAAUAUUAAUGAUCGUAUUUCAUUAACCAUCAGGGAAAGGAUCUGCGUGGAUAAAGGAGAAAAGAAGAAGACUCACGAACGAUAACAGGGAGCCGAACAGUAAGAAUAAAGGAUCAGCAGUUUCAAGAAAUUGUCGCGAGGGGGCAUUUGUGUUUCGUUGCAGAAACGAGAGGGUGGGGAGGUCGCGAACGAUGCGCGCGCAUCGGGCGAAGGGGGACAUGCGCAGGAAUACGGGCGAGUAGCACGUCUGGACGGUUAGUGCAUGGCGGCCCGAGGCCCGUAUCGAUAUCGUCGUAUCGCCCACCACUCGAGCUGACGUCCCGGCCGGGCACGAGUGCGUGCGUGCGUGCGCGCGGUGCGCCGGAUUUCUCUCUCUCUCUCUCUCUCUCUUUCUCUCUCUGUCUGUCUCUCUUUCUCUCUGUCUCCGUCCGUCCAUCCGUCUCUCUCUUUCCAUCCGACCUAUCUAUCUAUUUUUCUCUCUCCCCUUUCCUCCUUCCCUUUCCCCAGACUAUUUCCCUCUCUGUCUUCUUGAUCUCGCACAUCUCUUCCUCCUUACGCGUUCCUUGCGCGAUUCCUUUCCUUUUAUCAUCCUCAUCGUCGUCGUCCUCCUCCUCUUCCUUCUCCUCCUUCUGCUGCUGCUCCUAAUAACCAGCCUCCACCCUUUUUAUUUUCCAUCUCCCUUCCAACCGUCUCUCUUUUUUUCCCUCCCCCCUCCCCCUGCGACCAACCUCUUCAGGAGAUCGCGCGCGCGCGCGAGCGACCGUUCGACGCGAUCGUGGCGCGUUUUGCGCCAAAGUGCGCGACCGGCUUAACGCACACGUUCGUUCCUUCUCGCGUCACGCGAGUAUCUCGUGUCCCGAUCGAGUAAGUGCCUCUGUCAUUCCUCUAAGACCUUCUUUAUCCUUCUGGAAUUCCAGGACAGCGAGCUGCUCUGUCUAGGAUAAAAGAGAGAAAGAAGAAGAGGUGAAGAGGAAGUAUCACGUCCUUCCG